AACAAUUUUACGAGAAACAUUAAACUUUCUCCAUCGGUUUGAAAGUUUAAUUUCUUUUGCAUUUAGUUUCCAGUUAUUUUGCUGGAGUGAUGCCUCCAAAAAGAAAAGCUCCCACAACCGAUGAAGACGACGAUGAGUAUAGAAAGAAGCGCGACCGAAACAAUCAGGCCGUGAAACGAAGUCGAGUAAAAUCAAAACAACGAACCGAAGAAACCCAGCAGACAGUGAAUGAACUACGAGUUAAAAAUGAAGUUCUGGAGGAUAAAAUUAAAAAUCAAACCAAGGAGCUCAAAUUCCUAAAAGAACUUUUUUUGACUCAAGCCCAAGCAAAAUCCGACAAAUUAGUUGGAGUCAAUUUGGCAGAUUUACUAAAAAGCUCGGACGAAGAUGAUGAGGAAGAAGAAAGCAAUAAUGCAAAUCGCAAGAAAAAGAGCGCUGAGAAGACUAACGGUCGGAGGAAGGUCGGAAGUUCCAGUAAAAGUUAAGCUUGUACGUAAUACAUAAGGAUAUUUAAAUAAUACGUGUCUCGUUUCUAAAUGUAUAUAGUUUUAAUUGUGCUUUCAACAAUAAAAAUUGUUAAUAUAUAUAAAAAUGAAACAACUACCGAA